AUGGGACCACGAAGCGCGCGGUCCCUCGACCCCUAUUUUGCCCCCGCAGCGAGCUACCGCGAGUUCUGCAGUACUAUGUUGUCCUGGAGUGUUGGCGUUGCCGCGCUUGCUUUUAUAUGGCUCAUAAGCCCAGCAGCCCCUCAAGAUCUGGCAAUUCCUCCGGAUUGGGUGAACACAACCUCCAACUCUACGCGCGAUUCGCGUGAGAUUCUCGCCAACAGCGCUGCUGCGACCUUCCUUGCUGAGGUCAACGUUGCUGCUGGUGCAAGUGCUGGUCUACCGAGCAUCCGGUAUUUCACUAGCAUUUAUGCCGUCCUUUCCCUUCAAGAUUAUUAUAGCGGCAACUCAUCGUGGAGCGACACAGUAUCUAACGGCAUGCAAGGUUACUAUCAGCAGUACGGUUUGUACGGUGUUCCACCGUUGAAUAAUGCCCCCGCAUACUGGGGACUUGCCUUUUUCUACGCAUAUCGAACCUAUCGCCAGCAAUUUUACCUCGAUCUUGCCAUGAUGGCGCACAACCUCACAUACAACAACGCCUUUGUCACUUCCAGCGCAGCAGCCAGCGGGACUGGUUCGGGACGCAAUGUCUCCUUCACCCCUCCUCCAGGAUGUACCAAUGCGACAAUCGCCGGCGGUGUAUUCUUUAAACAGGAUCAACUCAACGAUACCAUCGUCAAUGCUGAGACCAUCGGCCCUUUCAUGGCGUUAUCAGCAUAUCUCUACGAACAAACUAACCAGCAACUUUACUCUGAUGCGGCUGAGCUCUCUCUGAACUUCAUCGUGAACCAUCUCUGGAAUGGUACAUAUGUCCGUGAUUCAUUUGUUAUGGCUUCCUGCCAAACAGACAAUGUCACCAUGAACACCUUUAACCAAGCCUUCUUCGUCGAAGGCCUAUCGGUGUGGGCUAAUGUGACCAAGAGCACUACCCUGAGUUCCUUGUUGCAGACUGCGGUUGCCAGUACUACAACACUCAAGACGUGGACUCUGCCAAAUGGUGUUGUGGCAGAGGACACGGACCGGGACAACUCGGACGCAGAUACCAAGGGCGUGUUCCUGCGUGGUCUUACAGAAGCCCGCAUGCGAAAUCCUGGGACUGGCCUCGCGACAUAUAUUGAUGCAUAUUUAACGGUGCAGUUCAACGCCGUUAUAAACAAUGCCUUAGCAUCAGGCACCAGCUUCUACACCACGUCCUGGUCUGGCCCGCCUGUUUCAUCAUUCAGCGCCGGUGGAAACCUCGCGGCCGUCGAUGUCAUGAAUUCCGCGUUCAGUAUCACAAAACCCUCGAAUACUUCAACAUCGACAGGAGGGUCUGGAGAAGUCCCCACGCCGUCAGAAUCUGCCAAUCCAAACUCCAAAAGGUCCUUAAAUGCCGGUGCGAUUGCUGGUGGCGUGAUAGGGGGCCUGGUUGCGGCCGCUGUCAUCCUCUUUGCCACUUUACUCUCAUGGCGUCGUCGCCGCGCUCGCGCCAUUGAGGAGGGCAUGGUUGUAGAUGACUCCGUUGCGCCUGCCGCGAGGCCCGAUUCAACAACCGCAGAGCCAUUCAUGCUUCAAACACCAUUCACACCGCCACCUGUCAAAGGGGAACCGACUUACUCAUCCCACCAACAUGACCCAUCGUCUCCAGCCACUCAACUGGAGGCAACUACGGCGCCCGGAUCCUCUCGAACCACUGAACAGGAAACAACGUCUGAACCCGUGGACCCUGGGGAAUUACCGAAUCUAGUCCGCCGUCUGUACACCAUGUUGCAUGGCCCUCAAGAGGAACCCCCGCCACGAUACGAGAACUGA